GUAAACGUCAGUGAUGUCAGUGCGCGAACGACGAGUGGAGCAUUGGUGUUGUGGUUCGCUGACUACAAUUACCUGAACACUCGUUCCAACUCUUAACUUAUUUUUGGCAUUGCAGCCCGUACAACCAUUACUCUAGUUUAAUUGUCGACCAAUUGGUGGUUAUCACUCAACAGUAAACAGUGAUUUUGUCCGUUGCAAUGUUUUAAACGCCUCGACUUUAUAUUUUUUUCUUGGGGAAAGCCGAGUGUGUCGAGUGUGCAAUAAAAAGAGUGGAGAAAACUUGGAAAAAUAAAUUGAAAAUUGAGGGCUUUGCAAUUGUCGAAUGGUGUGGAAGACUCAGUGCUGUGAAUUUCCGGUCAAGUACAACUCUGUGAUUUUGCAAUUUUUUUUUUUAAUCACUACGAGAGGGCAAUAAAUCCGGCUGAACUCGUGAACUCAGAGGGGAUAACUGUUGCUUCGAAUAUGUGGAUUCAUGUGCAUCCAGUGAUGUAACGGGUCUUGUUGGCUGGCUCAAGGACCAGAAGGACUCUCUCGAGGACCAAGUGAGGGCCACGUGGACGCGUUGCUAGCUCCCGGAAAAAUAUGUACAAGUAUGUCGGAGAGGGGGAUGCAAGCAGCGUGCGAGGAGCCAGAGAAGAAGACCUCGCUCUAUGUAUUCCCAGGACCAAUUCCACCCAGGGUUCCACCCCUGAAUCCCCUUCAGUCACCACCAACGAUAACAACGACCAAUUUACCAUGGUACAAAGACGGUAUCGAGGAAUCCACCGAUCUAAACGAAGACGAUAUGAAGCGUCGCCGACCAGGUGUACAGAGACACACGAGAUCAGCGAGUCACGGUGGUGUCCUGGCGACAUCGUCCACUGGUUGGCAAUCGACACUGGGAUCACCCGCGAAUUUUCCCACUGGGAGCAUUGGUGCGGGACGCCCAUCGGCAUUGAAAAAACCUGGGCAUCAGAGGGCAUUCUCUCAGGGACAAGUGGUGGAUGUUCAGGGAUCGGUCACUGGACACAGCAGAGUUGGCUCCAGGACGGAUUUUAUUCUACCCCCGGGACAUCGAGACGAGUCGAGACCUGCCACUGCCAAAACACCGUCAUUUCGGGGGCAUUCACGACAGGCGUCCAGGUCAGAAUCAAUCUACACAAUUCGACGUAGUGCAGCACCACCCUGGUGGAGACGGGCGUGGGCGAGGUGCUUCGGAUCACCCCUCGAGGAGCCAAAACUGCGGACCAUAGUACCCAAUCACCUGGUACCCCCAAAAACCCCAGCGAAGAAGCAUCCAAAUGGCAGUCAUGACAACAGGGUACGCACAACAAAAUACACAGCUCUGACAUUCCUACCCCGAAAUCUGAUGGAGCAGUUUCAUCGUGUCGCUAAUUUGUAUUUCAUCUUCAUUGUUCUGCUGAACUGGGUGCCAGUGAUAAAUGCAUUCGGUAAAGAAAUAGCGAUGAUACCAGUAUUAUUCGUUCUUGGUGUGACAGCACUGAAGGACUUCUUCGAGGACAGGAGACGAUAUGCCAGUGAUCAGCGGGUCAACAAUUCAACGUGUCGAGUUUAUCUAAGUGAAGUAGAUCGUUACGCUAAGGUCCCCUGGAAAGACGUGAAGGUCGGUGAUCUUGUCCAUCUGUCAAACAAUGAGGUAGUGCCAGCUGAUAUCCUUCUGCUUCGCAGCAGUGAUCCCCAGGGAUUUGCUCUUCUCGAUACGUGUAAUCUCGAUGGUGAGACUAAUCUCAAGCAACGACAGGUGGUACGCGGUUUUUUGGAUCUCCAAGAUACAUUUCAACCGUCAAAAUUUCGAUCUGUCGUCGAAGUUGAUCGGCCAAGCACGAAGAUCUACAGGUUUUACGGCGCAGUUGUGCAUCCUAAUGGCGCGAGAGUGCCGGUUACCACGGAGAAUCUUCUGCUGAGGGAAUGCCUAUUGAAGAACACCGACUUUGUCGAGGGCAUUGUCGUUUAUGCUGGUCAUGAGACCAAGGCGAUGCUCAAUAAUGGGGGACCGAGGUAUAAACGAUCAAGACUCGAGCGACAGAUGAAUUUGGACAUCGUCUGGUGUGUAGUGAUCCUAGUGGUUCUCUGCAUCGUGGGUGCAGCAGGCACUAAAUUCUGGCUCUCAACAUUCACAACAGAUGCCCCAGUCCCUUUCCUUCCCUCCUUCAAAGAGCCCAUUUACGAGGGAAUGCUGACAUUCUGGACAUUCGUGAUAAUUCUCCAAGUUAUGAUACCAUUGAGUCUCUACGUGACCAUGGAGAUGGCCAAAGUGGGACAGGUAUAUCACAUUGGUCAUGACACAUCACUCUUUGAUCCUGAAACUGGACGGAAAGCUGAGUGCAGAGCCCUCAACAUCACCGAGGAACUGGGUCAAAUACAGUACGUCUUCUCCGAUAAAACUGGUACACUCACGGAAAAUAAGAUGAUAUUUCGUAGAUGUACUGUGGGCGGUCAGGAUUAUGGUCAUCGUGGUGAGGAUGAGAAUAUUCUGGCUUGCACCAGAUUGAAGGAGGAUUUAUUGAUUGGCAAUGCACGUCAUCGACUGCAGGAAUUUCUCAUACUGUUGGCCAUAUGUAAUACUGUUGUUGUUAAUACUCAGCCCCACCAUGACCUCAUGAAUUCCAGCGGUGUCAUUGAGGAGCCACAGAAGAAUGGGGCAGCCAUGAGGUACACUCGUCUCUCGGAAUCUCGAAGUACCACCCCACCGCCGCCCCCAGCGCCAACAGUAGUCCCAUCCCCCCAAGAGCCCCUAGCAAUAAGCGUUGCGAAUCUCCCCACGAAAAUAUCUCGUCCACGUCUCCUCAACGUCCCCACAAUUCCCAGUCUGAACAUCGGCCUCCUCCGGAAGCACUCGCCGACGGGUGCCCGAGGCAGUCCUUCCUCCCCCAACGCUCGUGGAAGUACCUCCCUAAAUUCUGAAUCACCCCCUCCAAUCUACGAGGCAGAGAGUCCUGACGAACUAGCCCUGGUGCACGCAGCGAAAGCGUACGACGUUAAGCUGAUCAAGAGGACAGCUCGGAGCGCCGUCAUAUCUCUGCCAGACAAGUCAACCCUGGCCUUUGAAAUUCUCCACGUUCUACCCUUCGACUCCAGCAGAAAAUGCAUGUCAAUAGUGGUGAAGCAUCCCCACACCGACGAAAUAAUUUUGUAUACGAAGGGCGCUGAUUCAACUCUUCUCUCAUCCCUCACGUCAUCGGAGGAGGAAUCAUCAGCAACAGUUAAAACUCAUCAACUCCUUCAUUCCUAUGCUAGACAGGGCCUCAGAACCCUGGUGAUGGCAAGAAGAAGUCUGUCAACUACAGAAUUCGAGACGUGGAGACAGCGACACACAGAGGCUGAGCUCGCUAAUGACAAUCGUGAGAGAAGAAUCAGAGAGUCCUUUUCGUCAUUGGAAUCUCAUUUGACACUUGCUGGUGCCACUGGAAUUGAGGAUAAACUCCAGCAGGGAGUGCCAGAGGCAAUGGCGGCGCUUGUUGAUGCUGGUAUUGUCGUUUGGGUGCUCACUGGAGAUAAACCAGAAACUGCUGUCAACAUUGCCUACUCUGCCAAGCUCUUUUCACCCGCCAUGCAGUUGCUGAGACUCCAGGCAAGGUCCAAAUCAGUGGCUGAGGGUCUGAUUCAUGGGUUCUUGGAGGCCAUCAGGAUGGACACUGGGAGGAUCAAUGAAGCUUCAUCUGAAACUAGGACUUCUGGUAGUGAUGAUGUUGAUCGGAUUGCUCACAGGAUUGGGGCAUCGUGGCAGAGGCAGAGGGCGCUUGUCGUUGAUGGAAAGACGUUAACGUUCAUACUGGAUCCUAGAUCAGGACUUACUACACCUUUUCUGGAGCUCACGAGGAGCUGCUCCAGUGUUCUUGCCUGCAGAGCUACUCCUCUGCAAAAGGCUUAUAUUGUCAGGGUUGUCAAGGAACAGCUGGGAAUGAGAACUCUGGCCAUCGGAGAUGGGGCCAAUGAUGUCAGCAUGAUUCAGACUGCUGAUGUGGGAGUUGGUGUGUCUGGGAGGGAGGGAACACAGGCUGUCAUGGCUUCUGACUUUGCCAUCGCCAGGUUUCCCAUGCUCACUAGGCUACUGCUGCUACAUGGACACUGGUGCUAUGAUAGACUUGCCAGGAUGAUACUUUAUUUUUUUUAUAAGAAUGCCAUGUUUGUCUUCCUGAUUUUUUGGUAUCAGCUUUAUUGCGGAUUUUCUGGCACCGUGAUGAUUGACCAAAUGUACCUGAUGCUCUACAAUCUACUAUUUACCUCACUGCCACCGCUGGCUAUCGGAAUCUAUGACAGAAUAGCAUCACCAAAUAUUUUACUGACAUCACCGGAGCUCUACAGUCGAGGAAGACUUGGGCUUGUUUACAAACCCCAUUCUUUUUGGAUUACAAUGGCUGAUGCUUUGUAUCAAAGCAUUAUCAUAUUCUUUGUGACAGAAGCUGCUUAUCACGAUUCUGAUGUCGACAUCUGGGAGUUUGGAACCACAAUAACUACCUCCUGUAUUUCCGUAAUGCUUAUUCAUGUCUCCCUGGAGAUCAGAUCAUGGACGAUUAUACAUGUUGGCACGAUACUGGCGUCAUUAGGACUAUUUUUUGGAUUUUGCCUGUUGUAUAAUAUUGUCUGUGUGAGCUGCAUUGGACUACCGGGGUCUUACUGGGUGAUGCCAAUGGCUAUUUCGAGAUGGGUAUAUUGGCUUACUGUGCUGCUUGCCUCCGUCCUUGCCACAUUACCGAGACUCGUUUACAAGGCUGUCAAAAAUACCGUGACACCAGACAUGAUUCAACGUGCAAAAUUACGCUAUCGUAUGAAACGUAGUCGUCAAUCUGAUGAGUGCAGACAGGGAAUAACAGGAAGAGGUGAGCGUGGUCUAGUCGCUGGUUGGUCGCGUUCCACACAACACGCGACCAUAAGACCUGGAACUUACGGAAGCAAGGGCAAUGUCCUAACGACCAUAGUUGCCUGAAAAGCUCGACCAAAAUGAAACUAGAGUGAAGGAAAAAACUGACGUCAAAAGUCAGGGGAUAAAUAUUUUUCAGUAGAAAAAGAAAACGAAGUGUUUAUUUUCAAACAAAAAUGAAAUAGGGAAAUUAAUUUCACGGCUGUAAGCCAUGAAUGAAUAAUGAACAUAAUGUGCCAGACUGAGUGUCACAUACAAGACUCGCUUUGAACUAUUGCAUUUAGAUUUUUUAAGAAUUAAAUUGAAAAUCACAUCUGCCUAAUUGACGUAUACGAGAGCAGUCGCAUGACCUUUGAUUAUUCUCUUUUAUCCUCAAUUUUUGUUUUCUCUGUAAUCAUUCGUACGCGUUUAUUUGCGAAAUGAUGUGGCCUUCCAAUGCCUCACAUACAUGGGACUGCUGUUCGUGGCAUUUGGCUGUGACUAUUAAAGGGGACCAAGCCUUUGAAUUAAUCAAUGAGAGGAAAAUACGUAUCGACAUUGAGAAAUUGAGGAAAGACGAGGCAAACAGGGAAAUGUUUAAUUAUUAAUACAUUUUGAGAAUGAGUUAAUGGUAGUCAAUAUUAUGGUGGGAGGAGUUCACUUCCACUGGGAUGAUGCAUUUUUUUUAUCGUCAUGUUCUCGCUUUUUUGUACUUUGAUUCGUGAUCUUUUAGAGCAGAGGAGAGUGGAGACGUGUUAAAAUGAAUUUAAUUAAAUUUAUAGUAGUUCCAACGAUUAUAUUAAUGACCACUGUAGUCACAAGAAAAAAUAUUUCUUUGGGAAAUAAGUUUUUACUGUCAUGGAGGAAUUCAUAACUUCUAAUAAAGUUGAUGUUUUGCAUGAAGUUUUAGUCUUGGAUAUGAAUGUCGAUUGAAAAAUAUUAGAAACACAUCUUUUUUAUGAAAAAAUAAUUCAAUAUGAACGAGUUAUAAUCGAUUAACAUAUCUGGCUAUGAAGUCACACCAAAACCUCUAUAUGCGAACAUUGUGACGGUAAAUGACAAAAUUUUUUCUUUCGGUUGGAGUCUGUUGAUUUAAAAAAAAAUACGAAUCUAAUAUUUUUCGGGGAUUUUUGUAUUUUAGGUUUUUUUUGGAAAAAAUUAUGCAACAAAGCAAUUCUAGGAUUAUUCUAUUAUUUAUUUAUGAAAAGGCAAAUGUGUGAUAAUUUUUAAUCGAAAAGGAAAAAUUCUGUGGAAUUUGACGUGAAAUAGUUAUGUUUCGAUUGAACCACAAAGAAUGUAAGAAGGUAUAAUCUUUCUACUGCUAAAAAAAUGACAGUGAAGUAAAAAAUUGUUUCAUAAAUUAAUCGAAUUGUCCUUCGCAUGAGAAAUUAUUUUCUUAUCAUCAGAAAAUUCUCCUGCACUUUAGGACAAAAUUCCUUCGUAAAUUUUUCUUCUCCAUAUAUGAAUUUCUUGAUAUAAGUAAAGAGAUUAUACUUGACAGGCUUUAUUUUCCUGUGUGUGGUCAAAUCUGAGGCAGUAAAAGUGACAAAUAAAAAAAUUUCACAAAGAAUAUUUUUUCAUUCACGUGGUGGAGCACUACAAACUUUCUCAACAUUUUUUAAUACAUAUUAAACGAGAUAAAGCCCUUGAAGUUGCCACUUUUUCAUUUUAAUCCGUUAAAAUUGAAUAGAAAAUAUUUACAGUAGUUUACUUGAAGAAAAUCAAUGAUCAGUAUUUAGACCUGAGAAAUAAUAAUUAAAAAUAGGAAUGACGCGGUUUUACCAACUUUCAGUCGAUCGAUAUCAAAUUAAUGAAGAUUAAAAAUCCAUUAUCCCCUGCUCUUUCUAUUAUCCCCUCAACGCACGUCUGAAUUUUAGUUAAAAAUUUGGUUUAUCAAUCUGAAAUAUUUCUUUUUCUCCGUUCAAUGCACGUGUGUUCGAGCAAACCUAGAUGUUUAAACAAAAACACCUCAGCUCUUGGAAUGAACGUUCUUUUGAUUAUUAUAGAGGCAUAAUUAUUACGUGUUAAGUUUUACAUGAACCCGAAUUUUAAUGUACGUGAGUGUUGAAAAUUUAAGUAAUGUGAUGUAUGAAAAAACAAUUGUUACGAAUCAUCGAUCACUGUUGCUCGAUAUGUUGUAGGCAAUCUGGAAAAUUCCUCAUCAUAAUUUUUUGAUGAAGGAAGAUUAGACAGAUGAGACGAGGAUUUUAUGAUUCAUUGUUCGUUGUAGGAAAUAUAUUCAGGUAUAAUGUUCAAAUUUGGGGCGAAACGAGUUGAAGCUGUUGAAAUUUUAAGACACUGCGAUGUAAUUGUUGAAGAUUAAAAAGUGGAAGGCACUGACGUGUACAUACAUUGUAUAGAUAAAAUAAAUAUACAUAUAUAUUUUA